GACUUCGGGGAGAUUUUCGGUGUCGGCGCCGAAAACACCUGGCUCUCGGCGUUCCUCGCGGUGUACGGGCGCGGCGGAACGAAGCGGGUGAAGGUGCGCGGUAUCGACUUGGAGGGGAACCCCGUCACCCAUACGUACAAGAUGCACGAGCGGCACCUCGACAAGCACCAGUACGGGAGCAGCUACAAGGACUGCGUGCAGCUGUGCCAGAAGCACGCCAAGGAUACCAUGACCAACGUACAAGAGCGGAUGCUGGAUCUGCGCAAGAUGUCGCCGACGAAGCUCUGGGUGGCGGCGAAGUGGCCGAGACAACGGGCGCAGCGCGAGAAGAAGACGAGAGAGUAUCUGCUUGGAUGCAGCGGCAUCUUCGAGCACAAGCUGCCAGGCUUCGACGCGCUGGCCCAAUCUGAUGCGCCUCUGGCAGGCCUGCGCCGUGCUGCCUUUGUCAACCGUCGAAUGUGAGAGGGGCUUCUCUCGGCAGAAUGUGAUUAAGUC